AUGGAUACCCUGCCUGCUUCCUGCCGGCUGCUCACAGCUCUUCCCUCACGGCUAUGCGCCCGGCGAUCUGUUCCUCCACAAUUGCGAGCUGCGCGAACUCUGCCACCACGAUGGCGGCUUACAGGUCAAUUGCGCUGCAUCAGUGAGCGCGCACCGACAAUUGACCGCUCGAAAUCGAAGCUCUUCAAAGAUGCAGACGAAGCAGUUGCCGAUGUACAGCCUGGGUCCACCGUUCUGAGCGCAGGAUUCGGGUUGUGUGGUGUCGCAGAGACUCUGAUCGCAGCGAUGAAAAAACGUGGGCCCGAGUCAUUACAUUCGUUGACAGCCGUCUCAAACAAUGCUGGCAUUGAAGACGUAGGAGGAUUGGCACACCUUACAAAGAACGGACAAGUCAAGAAGCUCAUUAUAAGUUUCCUCGGUAACAACAAGGCGCUUGAGAAGCAGUAUCUGAGCGGCGGCAUUGAGAUUGAGCUCUGUCCGCAAGGUACGCUUGCAGAGAGGAUACGAGCUGGCGGUGCAGGCAUCCCAGCCUUUUACACACCUACGGCGGUAAAUACAUUGCUGCAAGAUGGCCAGAUUCCAGCCAAGUUUGACAAGGAGGGUAAAGCUGUAGGCUACGGACAGAAGCGCGAGGUUAGAGAAUUCAAUGGCAAGAAGUUCCUCAUGGAGACUGCAUUGACAGGCGAUGUCGCCAUUAUCCGCGCGCACAAGGCCGAUGAAGCUGGUAACUGUGUUUUCAGCAGAUACACCACCAAAGCUUUUGGACCCAUCAUGGCCAAAGCCGCACGCCUUACAAUCGUCGAAGCCGAGGAGAUUGUCCCUAUAGGCACCUUUGACGCCAACGACGUCGAUCUCCCUGGCAUCUUCGUCGACCGUAUCGUCCCAGCCACCGCGCCCAAGAACAUUGAGAUCAAGAAGCUCCGAAAACCUGCUGCCUCAAAAGACGCCUCAUCAAAGAACGAAGCCACCGAACGACGCGAUCGUAUCGCUCGUCGCGCAGCAAAGGAGCUCAAGCAGGGAUACUACGUCAACCUAGGCGUCGGCAUUCCCACAGCCGCAGCAUCAUUCGUACCCGAUGGCGUCAAGGUGUGGCUGCAGUCCGAAAAUGGAAUUUUAGGUAUGGGCCCCUAUCCUACAGAAGAAGAGGUAGAUGCAGACAUCGUCAACGCCGGCAAAGAAACCGUCACUCUCCUCCCCGGCGCCUCAACCUUUGACAGCGCCGAAUCCUUUGGUAUGAUCCGCGGCGGCCACGUCGACGUGUCUAUCCUUGGAGCUCUACAAGUCAGUGCCUCUGGCGACCUGGCCAACUACAUGGUGCCGGGUAGAGUCUUCAAGGGCAUGGGCGGUGCCAUGGAUCUCGUCAGCAAUCCCGACGCUACAAAAGUCGUCGUCGCGACUGAACACGUUGCCAAGGACGGCUCCAGCAAGAUUGUCCAGGAGUGCAAAUUGCCGCUUACAGGAGCAAAGUGCGUGAGCACUAUCAUUACCGAUCUGUGUGUCUUUGAAGUAAAUAGGAAGAGGGGGACCUUGACGCUGACGGAGACGGCGCCGGGAGUUAGUGUUGAGGAUAUCAAGGCGAAGACGGAUGCGAAGUUUGAAGUCGCAAGUGAUCUCAAGACAAUGGAGUAG